AUGUCCGAUCCACAGCCCUCCACUCGUCCGCUCGCUCCUGCUCCGAGCCUCUCCCAACAGAGUCAAGAUGCACCCACUACCGCCACUCCCUCUUCCUCGAACGAGGACAACCCUGGUCGGAAGCACAAAACUACUGCCUGCAGGGCUUGCAAGCAAAAGAAGCUGAAGUGUCGGGGGGACCCGCCAUGUCAGCAUUGUGUUGCCAACGGUAUUGAGUGUCACGUCGAUGAGAUGGCCGACAUGCGGCGGAAGCUUGCUAUGAAAAGGAAGCUAGGCCGUCUCGAACAAUCGGAGGAUGUUCUGCUUCAGCUUGUCAGCGUCUUGCGUGACAGUGAGAAUAAACGUGUUGCUCAGUUGCUGAACUUAAUUCGGAGUAAUGCCUCGGUCAAGGAGCUCAAGGUCUUUCUAGAGGAUCAAUUUUCCCGGUCGGAAAUCGAGAAAUCUCCCGGGUUACGUGAGGUUCAACGUCAGAUAUUUCGCCCGUUGGAGCAGGAGGAGAUUGAGGACGAUGGCGAACCGCAGCGGGCGCCCCGUCGCAUGCUCGAUGUCUGUCGCCUGGCGGAUAAUCCCAUCUAUCGAGUACCCGCGAAACCCUGGACAACAAUCACUGAUGACGAUGAUCUGGUUUCGCACCUGGUCUCCCUCUUUUUCACCUGGACCUACCCCUUUUUCUGCUGGAUGGAUAGAGAUGUGUUUAUCAGCGAAAUGCAGAAGGGAGACUUGAACAGUCCAUACUGCACACCGUUCCUUGUGAAUGCAAUCCUUUCUGAAGCGAGUUAUAAUUCCGACUACGCCGAAGCCUUUACCGUCCCCCAUGACCCCCUAUCCCGAGGAGAUCACUUUUACGAAGAAGCUCGUCGAUUACUUGAGCAAGAGGAACGGGAUGGCCCAGUCAGCAUCCCAACCAUCCAGGGACUCCUCAUACUCUUUAUUCGUAUGGUUAUGAUGGGGAAAGAUCGCAUGGGUUGGAUGCAUUUAGAUCUAGCUGGCCGUGCGGCAGAGGAGUACGCCGCAACAUAUCCUCCACGACCGAUCGAAGAUGAGUCCGUCAGGGUGAGCGAGAAUGUUGUGAACUGGACGCUCUGGGGCAAUUUUAGCAUCGCAUCGACUGCUGCGGUGUCCUUUAUGAAACAUAUCGAUUCUCAACCCCCCCAACGACCCCGUGUUCCCAUUCACCACGAGAACCCCCAUGAUACCUGGUCACCAUAUCCUAGGAGUAUUGAACCCGUACAAGGACACUAUGUUUGUGUGUUCGAUCGCUGGUGUGACCUUUGCUGCAUUACAAUUGCCAUCAGCAGAGCAUUCCAUUCCGUCGAGGACAGGCUACCUCAGUCUCAAACCAUAUCUCUUGUGGAUGAUGUAUACCGACAACUACAGGGAUGGUAUGCGAAUCUUCCGGAGUGCCUCAACGUGGAUACAGCAGUAGUGCCUCAUAUCCUUGGUCUACACUUGUACUAUCAUACCACUGUGAUCCAAAUUUUCUGGUUUCUCCAAUCAUAUUAUUCUUCCAGGAUGGAUCAUGAGAAAGCGAAAAGUGCACAAGCUACCACGCAUGCGAACGCUCGACGAAUAGCCCAUCUUAUCAGUAUUCACCGCAAUCGCUGGGGAAUUGAUCGAAUGGCCCCUUGCACUUUACAAUGGCUUACGACCUCUCUCUUUGCUCUACUACCCGCUCUGGAUUCGGUAGAAAACCGCAACGCGUUCAUAGAGCUCUGCAUUUUGUCCCGGUCAUUCUCGCGACGAUUUCCUCUGGGCAAGGGCAUUAUGCGCAUGCUGCAGCUUUCCGCCAGCCAGAUGAAGGUGUCGCUGCCGGAGGAGACGGGGGUGUUGUUCAGUGCUUUUGAAGCCGAAAGCUGGACAGAGAAGGAUCGUCAGGCAUUCAGCAGCUUCUACCCUCAUUUUGCGUCUGUGAUCCAGCACGGCCCGUUGCGGAAGGACGAUGUGGCUAUGGAUCGAUUUCUUGAAAAAUGGGACAAUUUGACCAUUUCGGAUCAAGGGGGAACCUACGAAUAA